AUGACUACGUCCACCGAUUCCAACGAAUAUUAUCAAAGGAUCGGCGCGGGUUUCUGCGGCACAGUGUGGGCAAGAAGCUUAGAAGGGCCUGCCAUCAAGCGCGAAGAUGGAGGACCAUCUCGAUCACUCGCCAACGAUUUUGCGAUGCACAAACGAGCAUACGAGGCAUUUCUCAGUCUAUUCUGUGCUAAGCACUUCAUGAAAAGCUCACCAACCGAGCCACACGCGCGUAUUCCUCAGUGCCACAGAUAUAUUACGCCGGAAAACCAGUCUUGGUGGAACGAAAAUCUCCGAUGGUUCCCACACGGAUAUGCAGCCUGUAAUGCGAUUCUGUCCGAGAGAAUCCCUCCUUUUCCCGAGCACAUCAGACGUCUUCUCGUGGACACGUAUUGUCCUCCUAAAAUUCGCCAGCAGAUUCUGCACAGCGCCAGCAACGAAGCCUGCCUCAUCCGACCGUAUAUCGGCCGCCAGCGCACCUACGGCACGGCCACGAACGUCCGAUCUCGAUUUCGAGGCUUUUCCCUCCGAAACUUCCCGCUUCAUGUCGAUCAGAUGGCGGAACUGGGGAUUAGCAUCGAAGAUGUUGACUGCUAUGCUGGCAUGAUGGGCGACGCACUGGCCACAUUUCACUGGGUCGCGAGGAUGGAUGCGAACGAUGUCGAGUUUGUUUUGGCUCCGCGGUCGCCAACUGUUAUCAGCACUGAGAACGACGAGGCCACGCACAACAGCAGCAGCAACGCCAUCACAAAUGUCUUAGGUACACAUACCAUGUGGAUCUUGGAUUUCGACCUCUGCCACCAAAUCCCGAUGGACCUGGAAGGUAACGACCCCUUUUAUCCACGGCUGCACAUGACACAGUGGCCUGCGUUUUGUCGUCGGUAUCUGGGUGCCGCUCAGCAGAUUGCUCGCAUCUACCCCAAGUGUAGCGUCGAUGCUAUAUAUGACUUGGCUCGUCGGUUUAUCGAGCUUGUCGAGGCGAGGAAGUGAUGCCCACAGCUUGAGGUAUAUGAUGAUGAUACACUGAACAAGAAACGAGCGACGUAACGUUGCAGGCCUUAAACCUACCUCAAAUUCUCAGUUUGUCUUGCCCACUCAACGAAACAAGUAGUCGAGACGGAAUACACUGAUUGUAUCAAAAUAGAACGAC